AUGACUUCAACACCACAACUACACCACUCCCUGUCCCAAUUGCGCUUCGCGAUCCCCUCAGAACAACCCGCCAAAAUGCUCGCUCGUGCCGCCGCCCGCGCGGUCCCCCAGACCCGUGCCGUUGUCGCUCGCCGCGGCUUCCAGACCACCCGCGCCCAGAUGUCCUCGCCGUACCACUACCCCGAGGGUCCCUACUCCAACCUCCCCUUUAACCCCAAGUCCAAGUGGUUCGCCCCUGGUUUCUGGACCUACGCUGCCGUUGGCUUCUUCGCCCCCUUCGGCAUCGCCGUCUGGCAAACCAAGAAGCCCAAGGCUUAA